AUGGUCCGCCUCGCUGCCGUCCGUCCCGCUGUCAACGCCAUCACCUCCGCCCGCGCCAUGAGCGUUCGUGGCAUGGCCAAGUUCGCUCUGUACAACUGGGAGGACCCGCUCAACAUGGAGUCUCUCCUGACCGACGAGGAGAAGGCUAUUCAGGAGACCGCGCGCGACUUUGCGCAGACCGAGCUCAUGUCGCGCGUGACCGAGGGCUUCCGUACUGAGAAGUACGACCCGGAGAUCAUGAAGGAGAUGGGCAAGCUCGGUCUCCUUGGCCCCGAGAUCAAGGGCUACGGCUGUGCGGGCGCUUCGUCCGUCGCCUACGGCCUGAUUGCGCGCGAGGUCGAGCGCGUCGACUCUGGCUACCGCUCGAUGAUGUCCGUGCAGUCCUCGCUGGUGAUGCACCCGAUCAACGAGUUCGGCACCGAGGCCCAGAAGGAGAAGUACCUGCCCAAGCUUGCCUCUGGCGAGUGGCUCGGCUGCUUCGGCCUGACUGAGCCGAACCACGGCUCGGACCCCGCCGGCAUGGAGACGACGGCGACCAAGACGCCGGAGGGCUGGGAGCUGAACGGUUCCAAGACGUGGAUCUCGAACGCGCCCCACGCGGACGUGUUCGUCAUCUGGGCCCGUGUCGUCGAGAACGGCCAGAAGGGCAAGGUCCGCGGCUUCGUCCUCGAGCGCGGCAUGGAGGGCCUCAGCACCGAGAAGAUUGCCCACAAGCUCGCGCUCCGCGCCUCCGUCACCGGCUCCGUCUUCAUGGACAGCGUCAAGGUGGGCGAGGGCGCGCUGCUGCCCAAGUCGAACGGCCUCGGCGCCCCCUUCUCCUGCCUCAACAGUGCGCGCUACGGUAUCUCGUGGGGCGUGAUGGGCGCUCUGGAGGACGCCACGGCCCGCGCCCGCGCCUACGCGCUCGAGAGGAAGCAGUUCGACCGCCCCCUCGCCUCGUUCCAGCUCGUGCAGAAGAAGCUCGUCGACGCCUCGACGGCUAGCACCCUCGGCCUCCUCGGCUCCUACCAGCUCGGCCGCCUCAAGGGCGAGGGCAACUACUGCCCCGACCAGAUCUCCAUGAUGAAGCGCAACAACUGCGGACAGGCGCUCUACCACACCCGUGUCCUCCUUGACAUCUUUGGAGGCAACGCGUGCUCGGACGAGUACCACGUCGGCCGCCACGAGGCCAACCUCCAGGUCUGCAACACGUACGAGGGCACUUAUGACAUUCACGGCCUCAUCCUCGGCAAGGCCAUGACGGGCCACCAGGCUUUUGCCAACUAA